AUGGCGACGACAACGACGACGAUGACGACGACGACGACUAACGACAACGAUGAUGACGAGGAUGCCGACGACGAGAACGACGAAGACGCCGACGAUGAGCGCGACGACGACGACGACGACACCGACGAUGAUAAUGGCGAUGAUAAUAGCAAUGAUAAUGGCGACGAAGANGCCGACGAUGAGCGCGACGAAGACGCCGACGAUGAUGAAGAUUCCAUCGCGAAAGUACAAUACGGGAGCGGAACUGUAAAUAUUGCGCAAGGAAAUAGUAGUAAACAGGACGGCACCAACAACGAGCGCAGCGACGUCGACGACACCGUCGAGCGUUACACUGGCAGCAGCAGUGCUACUCCCGCUACCCCCGACAGUGCUGCCGAUGACAAGAAAAGCAAACAGAUUGGGAAAAACGCGCGCGUCGCAUUCGUGUUUUACGAUUUCGAGACCCGCCAGGAUGAGACGCUCAAAGGUACAGCGUCUGUGAAAAUUCACGUGCCCACUCUUUGCGUCGCACAGCAGAUUUGCGUCGCGUGUGCGGGCGAGGACGACAUGACGGUACGUUGCCGGUGGUGCGGUGUGCGCGAAUUCGUGUUCCGCGAUGAUCCGGUGAGGCAAUUCGUCGAUUUCGUUACGAGAACGACGAAAUGUUUCAAGCAGAUUAUCUGCAUCGCGCACAACGCCAAGGCGUUCGACGCGCAGUUCAUCCUUCGUUACAACACGGAAAAACGUGUCGAUUUGAAUCCACGAGUAAUAUUAAACGGGACGAAGAUUGUCGUAUUAACGACCAGGCGUACGAAAUUGAUUGACAGUAUCAAUUAUAUGCCGAUGCGUUUGUCACCUUUGCCGAAGGCUUUCGGUUUGCGGAGUGGGGUGGAAAAGGGAUAUUUUCCGCAUUUAUUUAACACAUUCGCGAAUCAGUCGUACGUUGGUCCGUUACCAAUCGUUGAAUAUUACUCGCCGGAUAGUAUGUCUAGCAAAAAAGAACGCGAACGUUUUUUGUCGUGGCACGCGGAACAGAUGCGCAAAAAGGCAGAUUUUGACUUUCAACGCGAGAUAGUGCGUUAUUGUCGUAACGACGUUGAUAUCUUGCUUAACGACGGUGAUAUCUUGCGGCGAGCGUGCAUGGCUUUCCGCAAGAUAUUUCUAGAGCGCGGAAACGUAUGUCCGUUCAAAGAAUGCACGACCAUCGCUUCCACAUAUAUGCGCGUUUUCCGCAAAAACUUUUUACGUGAAGAAGAGAUCGGCGUCACUCCUCGCAGCGGAUAUUGCCUCGCGGAUACGCAAUCUCGCAAAGCUCUGCAGUGGCUGGUGUGGAAGGAGCGCGAGCUCGGCCGCAUCAUUGUUCACGCGGGUCACGGGCGAAAACAUCGUCUCGCGGAAGUCGGAGGCAUUCCCGUCGACGGGUAUUACGAGACGGCAAACGGUGAACGUCACGUGUUGCAAUACCACGGCUGCUUUUGGCACGGGUGUCCCGUGUGUUUUAAAACGGAGCGCGACACACAUCUCUGCACGGAGGAACGCGAAGUGUACGACACGAUGAACUCGNGAUACGAGCGUACACUGACAACGUCAUGGCGUCUUCGCAAACAAGUGUACAUCGUGACGGAGAAAUGGGAGUGCGCUUUUGAACGCGAUACGCGGGAAAAUCGCAAAAUGCGAGCGUUUUUAGAUCAACAUCCGAUGCUCGCGGCUGAACCGCUUUUACCGCGUGACGCGUUUUUUAGCGGUCAAACGGGAAACAUCACGAUUCGGCGCAAAGUUACGGGUACGGAGAAGAUACGUUACGUAGACGUGUGUUCUCUAUACCUUUACGUGUUGAAAACCGGCGCUUUCCCGAUUGGACAUCUGAAAAUUCUUGUCGGACAAAAAGAGUGCGCCUCGCUAAUCGGGGCAAUGCCCGGUGUCGAUUUUGCCGCGGUCGAGGGGCUUGUGCGUUGUAGAGUGCUCCCUCCGUGCAAUCUCUUUCACUCUGUACUCUCGUACCGUGUGCAAGGCAAACUGCUGUUUGUCUUGUGCCGCAGUUGCUGCAAAAAUUUAUCGCAGACUCAGUGCUCGCACGAAAAUUCGCGCGAUCGUGAAUACGAAAGCGUGUGA